AUGGCUUCAGAUCCCAAAGAGAUCGUCCUCGACCUCUCGCCGUUUUUCCGCUUACUCCGCGACGGAACAUGCCAGAGGAUCGGCCCCGCCCAAUUCCUCCCUCCCUCCGACGACCCCAACGCCGCCGUCCGCUCCAAGGAUGUCACCGUCGACGCCGAAACCGGAGUCUCCGUCCGCAUCUUCGCCCCUCGCCGUCGCGAUCCGCCGCAGAAGCUCCCCCUCGUUGUCUACAUUCACGGCGGCGCUUUCUGCGUAGGAUCCGUCGCCAGCCCGGUCUUCCAUAAUUUCAUCUCCAAUUUGGUCGAGAAGGCGAACGUGGUUGCGGUUGCCGUCGAGUACAGAUUGGCCCCCGAGAACCCCCUCCCGAUCCCAUUCGAUGACUCGUGGACCGCGUUCCAGUGGAUCGCAUCCCACGCCGCCGCCGACGGCGGCGGCGGCGGCCCCGAGCCGUGGCUGAACGACCACGCCGACUUCCGGCGCGUGUUCGUCGGUGGGGAGAGCGCGGGGGCCACAAUAGCGAAUGACGUGGCGAUUAGGGCUGGGGUUCGCGGAUUCGCCGGCGUGGAGAUCGUGGGGCUCUUCCUGGUGCAUCCUUUCUUCGGCGGGAAGGAGGAGGACAAGCUGUACAAGUCGCUGUGUCCGACGAGCAGCGCCCGAGACGACGAUCCGCGGCUGUAUCCGGCGGUGGAUCCGCGGAUCGGGCAGAUGGCGGGGCGGCGCGUGGUGUUCUUGGUGGCGGAGAAGGAUUUUUUGAGGGAGAGGGGGAAGGGUUACUACGAGGGUUUGAAGAAGAGCGCGUGGGCGGGAGAGGCGGAGAUUAUGGAGAGUGAAGGAGUGGGGCAUUGCUUUCAUUUGUUCGAUACAACUAGUGAUAAAGCUGUUGCCAUAACUCACCGUUUGGUUGAGCUGUUUAAUACCUAUUAUCAAUUUAAACAAAAAGGCCAAAUUACGGCAAUUUCUGAGUUAUGGUCAAAUUAUGAAAAAUCCCCUUCUGUCACAGUCACUCACUCCAUUUCUGUUUCGCCGGAGAUGGAUUCCAAACCCUCCCAAAUAACCCACGACUUCCCGCCUUUCUUCCGCGUCCACAACACCGGCCACGUCGAACGAUACAUCGAACACGAUUUCGUGCCGCCGUCGCACGAUCCGUUGACCGGCGUUAAUUCCAGAGACGUCGUCGUCGUGCCGGAAAACAACGUCUCCGCCAGAAUAUUCCUCCCGAAAACCACCGGUGGAGAUUCGAAGCUCCCGCUACUGAUCUACAUCCACGGCGGCGCUUUCUCAAUCGAAUCGGCGUUCUCUUCAACGUACCACAACUACGCCGUUUCGCUAGCGUCGGAAUCCAGAUCCGUCGUCGUUUCGAUCGAGUACAGGCUCGCACCGGAGCACCCGAUCCCAGCUUGCUACGACGAUUCGUACGCCGUCGUUAAAUGGCUGGAUUCGCAUUCCCGACCAGGAAAUGGACCCGACCCGUGGAUAAACGAGUACGCCGACUUCGAACGGGUGUAUUUAGCCGGAGACAGCGCCGGCGCCAACAUCGCCCACAACAUGGUGAUUAGGGCGAAGAACAAUCCAGAACACGGCCCGAAUUUCAAAUUCGCGGGCCUGAUACUGAUUCACCCGUUUUUCGGGAUCGGUAAACCGGACAAGCUGUGGAAUUACAUCUGCCCCGAUACAACGGGUAGUGAUGACCCGAGACUGAACCCGACAGCGGAUCCGGAUCUAUUAUCGAAGCUGGAUUGCGAGAGAGUGCUGGUUUGCGUGUCGGAGAGAGAUUUCUUGAGGAAAAGAGGUUUGAAUUUCUACCAGGAAUUGAAGAAGAGUGAGUGGAAAGGUGUGAUUGAGUUUUUCGAGACGGAAGGGAAAGAACACGUCUUUCAUUUGAUAGACCCGGUUUGCGAGAAGGCUGUUGCCUUGUUGAACCGGAUUGUCCGGUUCAUUGAUUCUGGUGGAGUUCAUGUUUUGUCGCAUUUCUAA